AUGGGGUGGCAUGCUGUAGCAUCAUGGACUUGGGAUGCCCAAGAUGAAACAUGUGGGAUAUGUAGGAUGGCCUUUGAUGGCUGUUGCCCAGAUUGUAAAUUUCCUGGCGAUGAUUGUCCCUUAAUGUGGGGUGCUUGUAACCAUGUGUUUCACCUACAUUGCAUCUUGAAAUGGGUGCAUUCACAGACUUCUCAGCCGCAUUGCCCCAUGUGUCGUAGAGAGUGGCAGUUCAAGGCAUAAAUGAUUGUCGACCUCUCUUUUCCUGGAUUUUGGAUGUAAUUUUGCACACUGGGCAUAGAAUUCCUUUUCUUGCAAAACUAUGAUAUUGUCUCCAGUUGCAUCUCUGACUAUGAGUGACUAGUCCUUUGCUUUGCUUCUCUAUAAUCGAGUCUUUAUCAGUUUGCAGAUGCUUCUUGUCUCCAUUUUGUUUAAAUUGGGUUUGUGUAAAGUAUAAACUACGUAUUUCUCAGUUCUAAACAGAAUUACGCUGUUGUAUUUGACAUAGAUUCAUUUAAAUUGGGUUAGUAAAAGAAUGUAUUGCUCAGUUCUAAACAGGAUUGCACUGUUGUAUUUGUCCCAGAUUGUGUUUGAUAUCAAUCAAUGAGGCUUCCUUUCAUGAAACAAGUGUAGCAAAUUAAGACCAUCUGAAAUGUUUGAUCUUGUGCCCUAAGGUGAUAAAUCACAACAAUCAUAUAAUAAAUCACAACAAUCAGAUACCAGUUGUAAACGCUUAUUCUACUUUGAUUCUUUCCAAAAUUAGUUGCCAAGUUGUAAACUCAUUCAUUUUGUUGAUUAGUCCCGUGGUCCUUCCUGGUGGCAUGAAUAAUGUGUUGGGCCCCGAUGUAUCCACUUUGGGGGAGGGGUUGGUAGGGGACAAUGAUCUUGACGACUGUGAUUAAAUGGUGUUAUCUCACCUUGCUUCUCCUGCACCUGAACCAAUAAGAAUCCAUUCUUCUUAAGCUGAAAAAAAGAAUUUCUUCAUUCACUGGUUAAGGAAAGCAACAUCUAGGAACAAGGGCUGGGUAUUUUACCUAUUUCUUCCAUCUUUCAGGCAGAAAUGAGAUAACAGAAAACCGAAUGGUUGUGUUUGAGAAUGGAUAAUGUAUCACAUCUAGGAUGAAUUUCAAGCCUUUACCAUAUUAAAUCUGAUUAUCCCGGUGUGUUUAUCUGAUCUCGAUGCAGCAUGUUGGCACCCCAUUUGCGUUCAGAAGGAACGACUUUAAUGAAGUGAAUCCACAAAUAGCACUUUAAGUGUUACUUCCCUCUAACAGGUAAACAACAUCUGAGUCUCUGUCUUAAACAUGACACUCUAAACUGAAGGUUUCAUGUUUUAGUUAUAUUUUUUCUUUUACACUUGAUAUAGAAGAUAACUAACAUUCCAUGUAGGCAGAUCUAUUAGUGCUCAACCUUCUAACAAGUAAACCCUGUGGUUGAGUUGCCAACACCCAAGCCCUUCUUGAGGUGACCUAAAAAUGCACCAGAACUGCCAUUUGGACGUUUGGCAGCAACGUCUGUGACUAGUGGAAAUUGUGAUGUCACUGCCCUCCACCUGCCACUUGAGUUGAUUUAAGCAUUGCAGGAAGGACUAUAAAACAAGUGCUGUUGUGAAUCACUCUCUUGCUUGCUACCAACGUCGGGCUACCAACGCUUGUGAAUCACUUUCUUUUCACAAGCCAAUGCCAGCGUAGGCCCUGGGGUGAUGGUCCCAGAGUUUUAAAAUUGUUGAUUUACGAUCUGUUUGUUGUUCUCUUUUUGUUGCUAAAUUUAGAAGAGACUUGCGAUACUGCUUAUUAUAAGAUGCCUUGUUCUAUGAGGUUCAGUUCACUGUUUGGUUGACCUAUUCCAUGAA